CGUCCGGCAGAGGCGCCCAGCCGGCGAGAGAGCCUGCUGGACUUAGACCAGGCGGUCAGCGCCGCGCUCAGCCUCGUGGGAGGCGUCUACGGGGGCGUGGCCACCAGCGGAGGGGGAGGCGGAGUAGGAGGGCCGGAGCGGGCAGGAGCGAUGACGAUGACGAAGUACCGGACCAACAGCCAGGACACACGCAUCCUCGACCGAUUCCAGACGGCGGCGUCGGGCAGGAAGGGGUUCCAGCAGCACUCGGUCUCUUUUUGGCACAGACUCAUGGGCUCUGACAUCAGCGCCCUCGAACAGGGCAUCAAGAGCCCCUACACGUCCCGCGUGCUCAAACCGUUCAUCAGGCGGGACUAUGAGACUCGUCCGCUGAAGAUGCGUCUGCUGGCCGAGAUUAGGGCACGCGGCCAUCGCCACGACGACGGCUGGAGCCCCGGCCCGGACGCCCCGAUCGACUACUGCUACGUGCGGCCCAACCACAUCCCCUCCGUCAACGCCAUGUGCCACGACAUGUUCUGGCCAGGAGUGGACCUGUCUGAGUGCCUGCAGUACCCUGACUUCAGUGUGGUGGUGCUCUAUAAGAAAGUGGUGAUCGGGUUCGGCUUCAUGGUGCCGGACGUCAAGUACAACGAGGCGUACAUCUCCUUCCUGCUUGUGCACCCUGAGUGGAGACGUGCUGGCAUCGCUACCUUCAUGAUCUAUCACCUUAUACAGACGUGCAUGGGUAAGGACGUGACGCUGCAUGUGUCGGCCAGUAACCCGGCCAUGCUGCUGUACCAGAAGUUGGGCUUUAAGACGGAGGAGUACAUCCUGGACUUCUACGACAAGUACUACCCUGUGGACAGCAAGGAGUGCCGGCACGCCUUCUUCCUCCGACUGCGACGCUGAGACACACACACACAUAUAUAUCGGAGACGUGCACACACACACAUAUCGGAGAGACACACACAUAUACCAGACACACACAUAUACCAGACACACACACACACACAGGCAGAGGAUAGAGGGAUGCAGGGACAUCACAGACCAACUGACCUCAAGCAACACCAACUACAGCCCUCAGACUCUGUGUGAACGUGUAAACACACACACACACACACUCAUAGACACACACACACACACACACACACA